AUGGCCUCUCCAACUCGCCCCAACAUCCUCUUCAUCAUGGCUGAUGACCAUGCCUCGAAAUCUAUCUCGUGCUAUGGAGCAGGAAUCAACAACACGCCAAAUCUCGAUAGGCUAGCCACCGAGGGCAUGAAAUUCAACCACUGCUAUGUCACCAACAGCAUCUGUACUCCCUCACGAGCCGCCAUUCUGACCGGAACACACAAUCACGUCAACGGUGUUAUGACCCUCGACUCGAAAAUCAACAAGCAUAACCCAAAUGUCGCCAAGGCCCUGCGAACCGGCGGCUAUCAGACAGCCAUGAUUGGAAAAUGGCAUUUGGGCGAGGGAAAAGAACAUGAGCCUACGGGAUUCGACUAUUGGAGCGUUGUACCCGGUCAGGGCGAGUACCAUGAUCCUGAGUUCAUUGGACCGGAAGGGACCAAAAGAGAGCGCGGGUACGCUACCGAUAUCAUCACAGACAAGAGUCUGGACUGGAUCAAGGAGCGAGAUCCAGAAAAGCCUUUUUUCAUCAUGUGCCACCACAAAGCGCCUCACCGCAGCUGGGAAUGCCACCCCAAGCACAAAGACCUGUACAAAGAUCCCAUUCGGCUUCCCGAUACCUUCACAGACGACUACAAGAACCGUGCAAAAGCAGCGAAGGUCGCCAAGUUCCGUGUGGCGGAGGAUCUCACAUACUUCGAUCUGGGACUCGUACAACCUGAUGGCGGCAGUGACAUUGGCGAAAAGAUGAUUGACAAAUGGUGGUUUCAAGACCGAAAGAUCGCCGCCCCAGAAGACGUGACGAAACUAUGCCUUAUCGACAAAGAAGACGGCACGGUCUUCACCUUCAAAACAAAACAAGAGCUAUCAGAGUUCAAGUUCCAGCGCUACAUGCAGCGCUACCUACGCACAAUCCAAAGUAUCGACGACAACGUAGGCCGCAUGCUCGACUUCCUCGAGCAAGAAGGAUUAUCCGAGAACACAAUCGUGAUCUACACCUCCGAUCAGGGCUUUUUUCUUGGCGAACACGGCUGGUUCGACAAGCGCUUCAUGUACGAGGAGAGUUUCCAAAUGCCGUUUCUGAUUCGAUACCCUCGGGAGAUCCCGGCGGGUAGUGUCUGCGACGAUAUUAUCUGCAAUGUGGAUUUCGCGCCUACAUUCUUGGACUUUGCGGGUCUCCGCAUGCCGACGUAUAUGCAGGGGGUGAGUUUUCGGUCGCUGCUGCGGCGGGAGACGCCCCAUGAUUGGCAGCAAGUUGCUUAUCAUCGCUAUUGGAUGCAUCGCGAUAUUAUCCAUGAGGCGUAUGCGCAUUAUGGUGUGCGUGAUCGCCAGUAUAAGUUGAUUUAUUGGUAUAAUGAGGAUUUCGGGAUUGAGGGGACGAGGCCCGGUGGCGAGGAGAAGGAGUGGGAGUUGUUUGAUUGUGAGGAGGAUCCUUUGGAACUUUUCAAUUGUUACCACGAGACAAAGUAUGGGGAUGUUGUUAAGCGCAUGACGAAGAUUCUGGAGGAUAAAAUGGAGGAAAUCGGUGAUGAGCCUGUCCAUCCUCGUUGA